AUGGGCGUUGCUUGUUCAGGGAGUAAGAGGAAUGAACAGUUAUUGUAAGAAUAAUAAAGAAAGUUAGAUUGCAUGUUGAUGUAUACAUAUGGAAGGAGAAGGAAAAGAAAUACCAUCUUUAUGAUUACUCUAGUCAUGAUUCACAUUAUUAGUAAUUGUAGGUGAUUUAAGAUACGAAAUUGUGCAAGUAUGGAGAAAACAUUCUGGCUGUUCAACCAAAUGUAUGUAACACUCAUUUAUUGGUAGUAAACGAUAGAGGGAGCCUAAGAGUUAUUUGUGAUUAAGGAGAAGGUUUUGAGACCCAUUACGGAAAUAUGGUCAAUAAUUAGGAAUGACCAAGUGAACGGAGUUCCAGUUACGAAUGUACGUCUACGAUAAUAUGAAAGAGAGUUUAACUAUUUCCUGGACAAACCAUAAGACUGGGAAGAGUGAAAAUCAUAUUGUGGGAAGCCUGUUUCAAUUAGGCAAUGGCUACGGAGGAGAGCGAGAAGGAGAAGGACGAAGAGGCCAAUGGAUUGGAUGACAGUGAUAACAGCAAUGCUGAAAACUCAUGUAGGAUCUGCAUGAGUAAAGUAGGAACAAUUUAAAACCCACUGAUAAACCCAUGCCAAUGUAACGAGUAUUACCUAAACAUAUUGCAGGUUCUGGAUCUGUCAAAUACAUACACAUCAAAUGUCUUCAAUAGUGGAUCCACAACAAAUUCAAGAUCAGAGAACUCAACAAUAUUGUCCUUUACUUUUGGUCCAAUUUAAUUUGUGAGAUUUGCAAGGAGCAAUACAAAUGUAAAUAUGACAUCACAUACAAAAACUAGUGGAGUACAAGUUUAAGAAUAGGAAGUAUCAUUUGAUUGACAUUCCAAGACCGAAAGAGGCGUAUUUUAUAUUUUGGAUCAGUCACAUUGAUAAAAACAAGGAGAAAGGAUUGUAUGUGAUUAAUUUGAAUGGGAGAAACAACAUUAAGAUUGGGAGGGUGCAAGAGAAUGACAUCAAAUUACAGGAUAUCAGUGUGUCUAGAAAUCACGCACUGAUAACGUUCAAUAGAGAGGAUGAAUCAAUCUUCUUAGAAGAUCUGGGCAGCAAAUUUGGUACUCUCCUACAAAUAGAUGAAUUGAGAUUGGAUACUAAAUCAAUAAUUUAAGUUGCAAAUUCCGUGUUUAUUUUUGACUACUUGAAAAAGAACCAGAAACACUAUGAAUUGCCUAGUUUCUACAAAGUGGUCGAAAAGGAGACUCAACAACAGCCUCAAGUAAGGAGAUCUAAAAUUAUUAAAUUUAGGAUUGUGUUGAAGAUGACGUCCUGGUCAAUGUCGAUAACAACAAGUAUUUAAGUGGAGACAACGAAGCCCCCUGAUUUUACUGAAC